CAAAACUAUUCGUUCUAUUUAUUCAGUAUUAAUAUAUAUAGUGUUAAAUCAUAUCCAACAUGUCACUGGAUGAAUAUAAUGUACUGAAGGUAAUUGGUCGUGGCACCUAUGGUGAAGUUCAUCUGGUAACAUGCAAGAAAGAUCGAAAGCAGUAUGUUAUUAAGAAAAUGGCACUUGUGAAAGCUUCUGCAAAAGAAAGGAAAGCAGCAGAGCAAGAAGCCAAACUACUAUCUGAUCUUCGACAUCCAAAUAUCGUCUCUUACAAAGAUUCUUUUGAAAGUGAAAGUGGACAUUUAUACAUUGUUAUGGGAUUUGCUGAAGGUGGAGAUUUGUACACAAAGCUUCGAGACCACAGAGAAAAGAAAGAUCCUUUGAGUGAACAGCGAACUGUCAGGUGGUACAUACAAAUAUGUAUGGCACUGCAAUAUCUACACGAAAGAAGAAUUUUGCACAGAGAUCUCAAAACUCAAAAUAUAUUUUUAACCAAAACCAAUAUGAUAAAGGUUGGAGAUUUGGGAAUCGCUAGGGUCCUAGAAAGCGCAAAUGAUAUGGCUACUACACUCAUAGGCACACCCUAUUAUAUGAGUCCUGAAUUAUUUUCCAAUCGACCGUACAACCACAAAUCAGAUGUUUGGGCUCUCGGAUGUUGUAUGUAUGAGAUGGUGACACUAAAACAUGCUUUCAAUGCUAAAGACAUCAAUUCUUUAAUGUAUAAGAUAUUAAAAGGAAAGAUGCCACCGAUGCCAGAUGAAUAUUCUUCGGCACUCUGUCACCUGAUCAAAGAUAUGUUAAAUCAAAAUCCUGACAAAAGACCAAGUGUUAAUAGAAUACUUCGGAAUCCGUUUAUCAAAGAGCACAUCAAACUAUUCCUGCAAGAGAGUAGUAGUCGUAAAAGGAGACCCGCAUCAGAAAGAUCAUCUCGAAAAAGUUCUGUUGCAUCAAGUGGAGCAGGAUCACGACCAGCAUCAGCACGGAAAGCGUCAACAAACAAUCGGGGUAGUUGUUUAUCGCCUUCCCCUCACCCACCUGCUAUUGCUUCAGAACCAAAUAAAGCUUCAAGAGUCGGCAGAGCUCGUUCUCCAAAUUCAAUCAAACCGGUAUCAGUGGUGUCAGAUUCACAAAAAGACUCAAACAGAUCAUCACCGAAGCAAAGUUCACCUCAGAUAAUGAAGGAAAUAAGGGAUCCACUCUCUCCAUUAUAUCCAAUUGAUAAUCCUAAACAAGAGCCAAAAGACAUAAAGACCGAUUAUACCUCAAUUACAAAACCAAAAGUUGUAUCAUCAUCUCCAAAACCUCAAAUUGUUUCACCACCAUUACCAAGUAAUAUUUCACAUGCUAUCAAUACAAACUCAAACAAUUCUCGUCCUGGUGCAGUGCAUAAUGAUUCAGGGAUUUAUGUUAACUUCGCUGAACCUCACCAAUAUGAAAAAGUUGAAAUUCGUAAUCAGCAUUCAUCACCAAAGCCAAGUUCUGCCAAUUCUGAAAAGAGUAAAUCUCCUCGUGCAAAUUCAGCAUCGUCAUCUUGUUCAUCUUCCUCACGUACUUCCUCUUCAGCAUCCAAUGCCUCAAAGAGAAAUAGAAGACCUUUGCCUAGUCCUGUAAUCACACCAUCAUUCGAAUACAAGCCAGACAACCAUUUACCAAAAAGUGACAGAAAUAUAUUACAUGCAUCUGGAGAGAGUGUAGCUUCCUCUGUUGUUUCUUCUGCAACUAAUGAUGAUGGUACUCCUAGGAUUAGUUCAGCAAGACAACGAAGACGAGAAAGACAAAGGAAAGAGAAAUCAAAAACACCUCCGAUUGUUGAAGAAAUAAGAAGAAGUAGAAAUUCCGGAAUUAUACAGCCAGAUUCAAGUAAAAGAGAUGCAAAACCAUCUAAGGCUAUCAGGACGAAAGAAAAAUCAAGAGAGAAGAAACUGAAUAAUGAAGUAUUCGCUGAUGUCACUGAUGGAGCUUCCGGUGACCGAGCAUCUGUUGUUUCAAGGUCUCAUGAAAAUGAUACAAAUCAGGCAUUAGGAAAUAUAGAACAACAGCAACAACCAGAAAUUGAAGAAUUUAUGACAUUACUACACACCACACUCCAUCUGGGAAGUGAGAGAGAGUCUAAUAAUACUGAAGAACAAGGAGGUGAAUUGUCACCGGUUCCUGAGUUAUCAGAGAGUUCAUCAUCUUCAACAGUAACAAAUCAGUCUAAUCCAUACUCGAGGAAUACACCAGCAGCAACACCAAUAAAUGUACCUGGUUUAGCACCAAACAAAUUACGCAGUGAUGCUAAACAAGGAAUAUCUGGAGUUACCUUGCGUUCAACACAAAGGCUUAUGGAUCGCAUUGUAUCUCUUCGGAAAGAUUGCAUACAAGGUUUGGGCGUUCCACUCCUCCAUCGUGCCUAUGAAGUCUUAGAUGCUAAUGAGAACGAUGACGCCUUACAGGAAGAGCUGAUUGCACUGCUGGGUCGUGUGAGGUUUGAACAGUGGGCUGGGAAGAUUUGGCAACUCAAAUAUUGUGAAGAAUCUAUGUUCGAACAUUGUGGAACUAUCACAGCCUUUUAAUUAUCAUAAAUUUUUCAUAUAUCAUAUAUUUUUAUAUGCAGUCACUGUAUAUUGUGUAAGCUAGCAAUAAAAAAAUCCAUAUGACAACCUA